CAGAAGAAGAAGAUUAGCAAAAUUAUCAAAAAUUAUUUGUUUUGUGCUGUGUCCCACAUUUUAUUUUGUUUUAUUUUAUUUAUAUAUUUUUUUAAUGAUUUGAAAAUGUGCCAGGAGCUUGGGAUAAACAGAGACGGAGCCAAAGCAGCCGCAGCAGCGACUUUAGGGGUCUGACAAAGACAAAGGCCGAAAGAAAGGCGGAAGACCCAGAGAAAAGACCACAAAAGAUUGGAUGCUCUACACAUAUUAACAUAAUUAAGGUGCCUGCCCAAUGGCUGGCCAUUGAGAGAGAUAUAUAUCGGGAAAGACACGCACUUUUGUGCCGCGGCCAUCAACACCGCUCGCCUCGAGUCCAAUGCAAAUGAGGCGACAUCACUCAGCGGCCGAAAGCGAAAUGUGCAUCGUCAACACGAAGACCUAGAGCUGGCAAUUGCAUAAUAGAGCCAACCAAAACCAAACACGACCUCAUUUACAAAAUCGCAAAACUUCGAUCGACGACAACACACGGGCCGACUAGCAGACGAACAGUGUUUUUUACCUGCAUGACGUAUACGUACCGUGGGCCGUAAUAAUGGACCUAAUGGAGCUGCUGCAUCAGCUUUUGCUGAACGUGUUCGACAUCUUUAAGAUCUACCUCAAGUUUGCCUUGAUCACGCUGGUCAUCUACUUCCUGGCCGAGUGGUAUAUCCUGCGUUAUGGCGCCGAGCUGGAGGCCGAGCUGGAUGCCCACCUGGUGGCCGGCGCCGAGCUGCGGCAGGAGUCCCCGGAGCGACCCGAAUCGAACAGCACGCUAAGCAAGGUGUUUCGAUUCGUGGUGAACUUUUUCAUCCUAUAAUCGACUCAAUAAUAUACACUCGACAAGGUCAAUUGAGCAGCUGAAUUCGCGGAAUUGCAAUUCGAUUCAGCCAGCCACAGCUCAAGGCCCCCGCCCCGUCAGGAGAAUGUAACCACUUUUGAUACAAUCGAACCAGUUGCAUUUAACAACAGAAAAAAAAAACAGAAAAAUAAAAACUAAAAGGCAAUAAAGAAAAAACGACAAAACAAAACAAAGGCAAAGGUCUCGAAGUAAACACAAUCUUUAUAUGUAAUAAACAAUAACAAUAAGGAGCUAUACAAAAACAA